AUGUCUCAUACCGCUGUGCAGGGAAGUGUUGGAAGUCGUUCUGCCAUUGGAAUGCACACCCAUAAGGUAAACCAAUAUUUACUUAUCAUGAUCUUUUUGUACGAGUGUGAGAAUUUCCAGGGUCGCAGGAUUGAGCUGAAUGGCGAGUGUCGUAAUAUCUGUGAGAAGGGCUUUGAUCGUGUGCGUUCCAUCAAAGUGGAGUGUGGCCCGUGGGUGGGUUAUGAGCAGCAGAACAUGUGUGGUGAGAUGUUCGUGCUGGAAAAAGGAGAGUACCCUUGCUGGGACACCUGGUCCAACAGCUACCGUUGUGAUCAACUUAUGUCUGUCAGGCCAGUACGCAUGGACUCACAGGAUCAUAAGAUCUGCCUGUUUGAAGGUGCAAAUUUUGAAGGUCGCAAGAUGGAGGUUUGUGAUGAAGACAUCCCCAGUCUGUGGUCCUAUGGCUUCCAGGACAGAGUAGCAAGUAUUCAAGUCACUGGUGGAACGUGGGUUGGGUAUCAGUACCCUGGUUAUCGUGGAUACCAGUACAUAUUAGAAUUUGGUCCUUUCAAACACUGGAAUGAGUGGGGUGCCAAUCACCCCCAGAUCCAGUCCAUUCGACGAAUACGGGAUAUGCAGACACACCGUCGAGGCUGCUUUGAGAUGAGUGCCUGA